AUGGCUGCUGCGGAGGCCGGAGCGUCCACGGCGACCGAUUCGAGGCUCAGAGGAGUGAAGCAAGCACUGAUAUCGUUGUCAGAUAAAACAGACCUGGCUACUCUUGGAAAUGGUCUUCAGCGUUUGGGGUUUUCUAUUAUUUCCACCGGUGGCACGGCAUCAAGUUUGGAAGCAUCUGGAGUUAAUGUUACAAAAGUUGAAGAAAUUACACACUUUCCUGAAAUGCUUGAUGGGAGAGUAAAAACAUUGCACCCCAGUAUACAUGGUGGUAUUCUUGCGCGAAGAGACCAGGAGCAUCAUCUGAAAGCACUGAAAGAACAUGGCAUUGGGACAUUCGAUGUGGUUGUAGUCAAUUUGUACCCAUUCUAUGAUAAGGUCGCCUCAGGUGCAAUAUCUUUUGAGGAUGGCAUUGAAAAUAUUGAUAUUGGUGGGCCUACAUUGAUCCGAGCUGCUGCCAAGAAUCACAAGGACGUUCUUGUCGUUGUCGAUCAUAAAGAUUAUCCUGCUCUAUUGGAAUAUCUAGAAGGGAAACAAGAUGACCCUGAUUUCCGCAGGACACUUGCAUGGAAAGCUUUCCAACAUGUUGCUUCUUACGAUUCAGCUGUCUCAGAGUGGUUGUGGAAGCAAUCAAAUAAAGCAGAUACAUUUCCUCCCAGCUUUACUGUGCCCCUCACAGUGAAGUCUACACUUCGUUAUGGUGAAAAUCCUCAUCAAAAGGCUGCCUUUUAUGGUGACAAGAGUCUUUCUCUAGUAAAUGCCGGCGGUAUUGCAACAGCAAUUCAACACCAUGGAAAGGAAAUGUCUUAUAACAAUUAUUUGGAUGCGGAUGCUGCAUGGAACUGUGUCUCAGAGUUUGAGAGCCCGACUUGUGUUGUGGUUAAGCACACAAAUCCGUGUGGCGAUCUUGCGAGGGAAAUCCGUGAGUUCAGGAGCCCCACGGACGGCGAGACAAGGAUGUUCUACGAGAUUAUUGUCGCGCCUGGGUACACAGAGAAGGGCCUGGAGGUCCUGAAAGGGAAAUCCAAGACGCUGAGGAUACUAGAGGCGAAGAGGAGCGGGAAAGGCAUGCUGUCGUUGCGACAGGUGACUGGCGGCUGGUUGGCUCAAGAGUCUGACGAUCUGACCCCGGAAGACAUCACCUUCACAAAGAUGUCCGAGAGGACUCCCGAGGACAGUGAGCUUUCGGACGCGAAAUUCGCGUGCCUCUGCGUCAAGCACGUUAAGAGCAACGCCAUUGUGAUCGCCAAGAACAAUUGCAUGCUGGGCAUGGGCAGUGGCCAGCCGAACCGGCGGGAGAGCCUGAGGAUUGCUUUCAAGAAGGCAGGAAAGGAGGCCAAGGGAGCUGCUUUGGCCAGCGAUGCCUUCUUCCCUUUCGCUUGGAACGAUGCGGUGGAGGAGGCGUGCCAGAGCGGCAUCGGGGUGAUCGCGGAGCCUGGCGGCAGCAUCCGGGACCAGGAUGCCGUGGACUGCUGCAACAAGUACGGGGUGGCCCUUGUCUUCACAGGCGUCCGGCACUUCAAACACUGA